CACAAGGCGUGGGUUGUUGUCCGGAGUCUAUAUACACUUUGUCCAGCACAUGACUCAUCCCAGGUGAACGCCGUGGACAGUGAAUGCAUUUACUAGAGAACAUCCGACAAGGUGGACGUAAAACCUUCGAGGGGUGGACCCUAAUUUUUCGCACCAGAGAAAAGAAACGUUCGGCCAUCUUUUCGUCUUCUGGUUGAGUUUUUGUUUCAAAAACGUUGUUAAUUUUAAACGAUACGUGUUUGAAAUUAGUUUUUUCUUUAGAAAAGAUUUCUUAUUUUCAAAGAAAACCACAUAAAAUACGAAUUCACCAUGGCGUCAUCACCAAAGAAAAAUGGCUCGGCAGUGGACAGGAAAAUAUACGGCCGCCGUCGCUGCACCAGCGUGGCCACCUUCAGCGAGAAAGACCUUGAGAUGGCGGAACACAACCCGGGAUUGCUGAAACUGGAGCAUAAGUUGAAGAUCUUGAAAGAGGAACAAAAGGAUGCAUUGCUGGCGGAGACGAAUUCUUUGGUGUUUUGUCUGAACAACCAUGUUGGCGGGCUGGCCAAAGCCCUGAACGUGUUUCAGGAGUACGGCGUAAACGUCGUACACAUCGAAUCACGUAAAUCCCGCAAAGCGGAUGCUGAAUACGAGAUCUACGUGGACAUCGAGAGUGACAACCCCACCUUGUCGAGCGUUGUGUCCAGUCUGGAGAACGAGGUGUCCAUGAUAGCGUUCCACGCCGACAAGGAGUUGCCGCCAUCCACUCCUGUUGACAAAAACGGCAAGGAAGUGACGAUGGUCCCCUGGUUUCCUAGAAAAAUCUCAGAACUUGAUAAAACUGCCAACAGAGUGUUGAUGUAUGGCACAGAAUUAGAUGCUGAUCAUCCGGGUUUCAGAGACAACGUGUACAGAGAAAGACGCAAGUACUUGGCAGAUCUGGCGAGAAACUUCAAACACGGAGAUCUCAUACCGAGGGUUCAAUACACGGAGGAAGAAAUUAAAACAUGGGGCACCGUAUUCACCGAGCUUACUAACCUUUAUCCAACUCACGCGUGCAGAGAGCAUUUGGCCAAUCUUCCACUCUUAAUCCACUACUGUAACUACAGGGUGGACAAUAUCCCUCAAUUGGAAGACAUUUCUAGAUUUUUGAAAGAACGCACAGGAUUCCAGCUGCGCCCUGUGGCUGGCUACUUGUCAUCACGUGAUUUUCUGGCUGGCCUCGCUUUCAGAGUUUUCCACUGUACGCAGUAUGUACGUCACAGCUCGGACCCUCUCUACACACCGGAACCGGACUGCUGUCAUGAAAUUUUAGGCCAUAUGCCACUGUUGGCGGACCCUAGCUUCGCGCAGUUUUCCCAGGAAAUCGGCUUAGCGUCCCUCGGGGCCUCAGAUGAAGAGGUGCAGAAAUUAGCCUCGUGUUACUUCUUCACCAUUGAGUUCGGGGUGUGCAGGCAAGAUGGCGAACUGAGGGCAUACGGGGCAGGGCUGCUCUCCUCCAUUGGGGAACUUAAGCACGCCUUGCAGAUGUCAGAGAAAAUAAGAAAGUUUGAUCCAAUCAACGCAAUUGAACAGGAGUGCCUGAUCACCACCUACCAGGACGGAUACUUCUACACUGAUAGCUUUGAGGACGCUAAGGAGAAAAUGAGACAGUUCGCGAUGACCAUCAAGCGUCCGUUUGCGGUGAGGUAUAACCCUUACACACAGAGCGUGGACGUCCUGGACAGUGCCCGUCAAAUAGCCAUUGUAGUCAACGAGCUCAAGGGAGAUCUCUGCAUCAUCAGCGACGCCGUCAAGAAGUUAAACAAGGAUAAAGACGGGGAAACUGAGAAUGUCUUCAACUACUGAGUCUUUUUUUUUUUUUUUACUUUUUUUCUCGUCACUGCUUAUUCGCAGAGAGUGAGGACUCAAUGGCGAUGCUUGAACAAUCCCAUAACAGUUUCUUUUUUCUUUUUUUUAAAUUUAUCUUUCUUUUUUAAGGUG